UUUUCAACGUUGUUCUUCUAUUAAAAAUUUGAUUUUUAUGUCAAUGUCAUAUCAAAUAAUAGAACUCUUAAUCCUAUGUCUUAGGAGCCUUUGUUUAGAUCAAGUGGUCAAUGAGCUGUAG